AUGUGGUAUAAACCCCGCCCACUUUCGCUACGCCACGCCCACACCAUGAACCCGCCCACUGCGGACCCGCCUGGAGAGCCCCCAGCAGCACCCUGAGGCGUGGGCCAGGCCCGGAAAAUGGUGGAGCAGCUCAAGAUCGAGGCCUCCCUGUGCCGGGUCAAGGUGUCGAAGGCGGCGGCCGAGCUGCUGAGUUACUGCGAGGCCCACGCGUGCGAGGACCCCCUGCUGACCCCCGUGCCCACCUCGGAGAACCCUUUCAGGGAGAAGAAAUUCUUCUGUGCCCUCCUUUAGGACCCCCCCUCCCCCCGAAAUUUGGGACCACCCCCCAAACACACACACUUAGAGCCCCCACACACAAAACCCACCCAAUUUGGGGGUUUUA